UUUGGAGAUCACAAAUGUUAAUAGCUACAAAUAACGAGAAUGAUAGACGAAAUGCAACUAUAGCAUUAGAAAAGGCUAUGAGACAAUUUGUAUCAAAUCGAGAAAAGUAUGCUGAGGAGGAUAUUAAAGCAGUCCGUUCCCUCGCCAUCGCCCCAUUUGCAAUAUGCAAUCGUCUAAUUGGCGACUUCCGGACAGCCUUGCGCGAACUAAAAUGCACAAACCAUCAUUCAAAUACAAUGCCUUUGCUUGUCAUUUUUGGGGCUAUGUUAAUUCUCGGAUUUGGAAGGACCAUGCCUUGGUCUUUAGGGAUACCUUUAGUAGACGAUAAUGUAAAGAAACAACAAAUGCCUAUUUACUUUGCAAUGAUAAAUUUCUUCAAAAUUCUUGGCCCAAUUUGUGGCUUUGUGAUUGGUGCUAUUGUCAAUAAAUUAUAUUACACAUUCCCUGCGAGCGCCCCGAGAGGGCUAUCUCCACAAGACCCAACUUGGAUUGGUGCUUGGUGGCUGGGAUUUUUGUUUAUUGGUGUGGUUAUGAUUGGACCUUCUUUAAUGUUGUUUUUCUUUCCUGAGGGUGGAAGUAAAAAGGAUAAAAAAAGAUCAAAAAAUCACCAAAACGGGCAUUAUUACAACAAAAACAAUUGCAAUAGCAAAAUAUAUUCUAACGAAUUUAACGAAAUUAAGAAAAAAGAAAAACAAAAAAUAGCAUUGUUUGAUAAACAUAUUGAGGAGAAAAAAGGAGCUAAUGGAGGAGAAGGUUUAAGUCUGCUCGAGUUUUUGCGUUCUUAUGGAGCUGUAUUAAAUUCACGUGUUUAUGUAGGCGCCUCGAUAGCUAGAGUACUCGAUGUUUUGGCUUUUAAGGGUUAUAUGGUCUUUUUACCCAAAUUUUUGGAGAAUCAUUAUGGCAUUCCUCAAUAUCAAGUGCACAUUUAUAUGGCAUUUUUUGGGGUAUUAGGAUUUGCUUUUGGAGCAGCUAGUGGAGGUUUUAUAAUGAAAAAGCUGAGGCUGAAUGGGAGAAAAGCAGCCAUUUAUGUUUUAAUUAUUUCUGUAAUAAAUACUGCAUUGUUUGGGUUAAAGCCGCUACUUGGGUGUUAUUCUACUGUUAAUAGUAUUGGCCGUGACGUCCCCAGUAAUUCAAAUAACCACCAUAUAGAAUUAAACCUAACACGGGAAUGUAACACAGAAUGUGGAUGUAACUCAGCAAAACUUUAUCCAGUCUGUGAUAGAGCUGGUAACGUCUAUUACUCUCCAUGUCAUGCUGGGUGCAGGCAUAUUGAGAUAUUGGACGGAGAAGAGAACAAGCUGGAAUUUUCAGAAUGUGAAUGCGCUGACGGUGGUAUUGUAAGCAAAAAACUUUGCCCAGACAAUUGUAGAUUUAUGAGAUACGCCUUUUUCGUCACAAUAGUUCUCGGUGCCUUCAUUGCCGGUACAGGCGUUGUGCCUGGAAUGUUGUUACUCUUACGCUCCGUCCCUCCCGAAACUCGAAGUCCAGCAUUGGGAUUGCAAGGUCUUUUGGUGUCUGGAAUAGGCACACUUCCAUCUCCUGUGCUUUGGGGCUUAGUGAUUGACAGUGCUUGUCGUGUAUGGGAUUAUGAAUGUCAAAAAAGGGGAGCUUGCAAUAUCUACGAUCCUUGGGCUCUACGUAUGCGAAUGCAUUUUCUUUAUGUGUUUAUUAGGGGAUUAUCAUUACUUGCCGAUAUUUAUGUUUGUAUUCAUGCAAAAGGGUUGAACUUACAAGAGGAGGAUGAUGAAGGAAAGAAUGAAGAAGAUAGGCAAUCAGCGGAAAAAGCUGCGGCAAUACGUGAAACUAUAACUUUGGAAGCUAUACCUACAUAA